AUGUCGUUACAAACAAUCGCGCUCGCCGCUAUCGCGGUGGCAUACUUCAUUAUUCGCUACUUGAACCGCACGGAUAUUCCGAAAAUCAAAGGCCUCCCAGAGAUUCCCGGAGUUCCACUCUUCGGAAAUCUCUUACAACUAGGGGACCAGCACGCGACGGUCGCAGGGAAAUGGGCAAAGAAGUUUGGACCGGUUUUCCAAGUGCGCAUGGGUAACAAGCGCGUGGUUUUUGCCAACAGCUUCGACUCCGUGCGCCAGCUCUGGAUCAAGGACCAGUCCGCGCUCAUCUCUCGCCCAACAUUCCACACCUUCCAUAGCGUUGUUUCCAGCUCGCAGGGAUUUACGAUUGGUACAUCCCCCUGGGAUGAAUCCUGCAAGAAACGGCGCAAGGCGGCUGCAACGGCGCUUAACCGCCCCGCGGUGCAGUCGUACAUGCCGAUCAUUGACCUGGAGGCCACCGCUAGUAUUAAGGAACUGUUCAAGGAUAGCCACAAUGGAACGGUGGAUGUGAACCCCACGGCCUAUUUCCAGCGAUUUGCGCUUAAUACCAGUCUGACGCUGAACUACGGUUUCCGGAUCGCGGGCAAUGUUAAUGAUGAUCUGCUCAAGGAAAUCGUCGAUGUCGAGCGUGGAGUGUCAAACUUCCGCAGUACGAGCAAUAACUGGCAGGAUUACAUUCCCUUGCUCCGGAUUAUGCCUAAAAUGAAUCGCGAGGCUGAGGAAUUCCGUGUGCGUCGUGACAAGUAUUUAACGUAUUUGUUGGAUAUUCUCAAGGACAGAAUUGCCAAGGGAACAGACACGCCGUGCAUUACUGGAAAUAUCCUGAAGGACCCGGAAGCGAAGCUUAACGAGGCGGAGGUGAAGUCUAUUUGCUUGACGAUGGUUUCGGCUGGUUUGGAUACUGUUCCAGGUAACUUGAUCAUGGGUAUUGCCUAUCUGGCUUCUGAGGACGGUCAGCGUAUUCAGCAGAAGGCCUAUGAAGAGAUAAUGAAGGUCUACCCGGGUGGCGAUGCGUGGGAAAAGUGUUUGGUUGAGGAGAAGGUUCCAUACGUGUCGGCCUUGGUCAAGGAAACUCUGCGAUUCUGGACGGUCAUUCCGAUUUGUCUGCCACGGGUAAACAUCAAGGACAUUGAGUUCAACGGAGCGAAGAUUCCGGCUGGAACUACUUUCUUCAUGAACGCCUGGGCUGCCGACUACGACGAGGACCAUUUCAAGAUGCCCGAAAAGUUUAUUCCUGAGCGGUACCUCGAAGUGUCUGAAGGCUCCGGUACUCCACACUACGGAUACGGAGCCGGCUCACGGAUGUGUGCGGGAUCCCACCUUGCCAAUCGCGAGCUUUACACUGCGUACAUCCGACUGAUCACUGCCUUCACGAUGCAUCCCGCGCAGAACCCGGCAGAUCGCCCUAUCCUGGAUGCGAUCGACUGCAAUGCGAUCCCUACAGCUUUGACCACGGAGCCGAAACCAUUCAAGGUCGGUUUCAAGCCGCGGGAUGCUCCAAAGCUUCAGCAAUGGAUCGAGGAGAGUGAUGAGCGGACAAAGGACCUGUAG